AUGCCCAACGCAACCAGAGCCCCAGACACCCCCUUCUUCACGCCCGCCAACUCCCCCGGCGCCGCCCUCUUUCCAACCGCCCCCACGACGCCAACCCUCUUCCGCCCACUGACCAUCCGCUCCCUAACCCUAAAGAACCGCAUCAUCGUCGCCCCCAUGUGCACAUUCUCCUGCGAGCCCGAUGCGACCUCCCCCGCCGUCGGCGCCCUAACACCCUUCCACACGGCGCACCUCGGCCACCUCGCGACCAAGGGCGUUGGGAUGGUGAUGGUUGAAGCGACAGCCGUCUUGCCCGCGGGGCGUAUCUCGCCGCAGGAUUCGGGGCUUUGGCAGGAUAGCCCGGAUGCGGAGUCGGAGCAGCUAAGGGGGUUGCGUGGUCUUGUGGAGUUUGUGCAUAGUCAGGGGUGUGCGGUUGGUGUUCAGCUUUCGCAUGCGGGGAGGAAGGGGAGUACCGUUGCGCCGUGGCUGGUUCCAAGAGAGGAAACCAACGACGAGGAGAACACUCAAGAAACGAAACAACAACACGGGCAAGGACAAGCCCAACCCCCCCGUCGCACCCGAGGAAGCCUCAAAGCGGACGCAGCAAGCAACGGGUGGCCCGACAAAGUCGCCGCGCCAACAGGAGGCGAAUCGAUGAAAUGGGCCCCGGGCGAAGACGCAUUCUGCACACCACACGAGCUCAGCAUCCCCCAAGUCCAAGAAAUCGUCGCGGCCUUUGCUCGCAGCGCCCGCCUCGCCGUUUCCGCGGGCGUAGACGUGAUCGAAGUUCACGGCGCACACGGGUACCUCAUCCACCAAUUCCUCAGCCCCGUGACGAAUCGUCGCACGGAUUGUUAUGGGGGUCCUUUUGAGAAUCGCAUCCGGUUGCUUUGUGAGGUGCUUACUGCGAUAAGGGGUGCUAUCCCCGCCGAGACACCGCUGUUCCUGCGGAUUAGUGCGACGGAGUGGUUAGAGACUGCGCCCGUUUCGGCGGAGACGGGGAGCUGGAACGUCGAGUCGUCGGUGCGGCUUGCGAUGCUGCUUCCGGGGCUGGGAGUUGACUUGCUGGAUGUGAGUUCUGGGGGCAAUCAUAAGGAUCAGCAGAUCCAGCCGCAUUCCAAGUAUCAGGUUUCGCUUGCGGGCAAGAUUCGGAGGGCGGUUCGGGACGCGGGACUGGAGCUGUUGGUUGGGGCUGUGGGGCUGAUUAGGGAGGCGGAGGCUGCGAGGGAUAUCGUGCAGGGGGCGGAUGUUGACUCUGUUGGGGAGGUGGGGGAGGAAGGAGAGGGUGGGAUGAAAGGGACGCAAGGCCCCGAUGCUGAUGUUGUUCUCAUCGCACGCCAGUUCCUGCGAGAGCCCAACUGGGUAUUUGCAGCGGCCAAGAAGCUGAAUGUGCCAGUCUCGCUGCCCCUACAGUUUGGUCGAGGGCUGCUCUAG